GCGGGCGGCGCGCAAUGUGCACCGCGCCAGCGUUCGAAACGCGUCGGUGUCGCUCUUUCAUACGCUGUGACAAUUCCUUGUCAACCACGCGAAUACUUUCUCCAUUGCGCUUUCGUUUCCGAGCGGGCUCGCGAAUCGACGCCAAUCGUCGCUGCUGAAAUCGUCACGUUACGCUCGCGAGAGAUUACAAGAUCCGCGCAUUAUAGUUUGCUUCAUCGUCGUCCCCUUCGCGCGUCAUUCUUCAAUCACAUCUGUUUCCAUUUCGCCUUUGCCGUAGCAAAAGAAUCAUCGUUCGCGUUGCGAUCAUGAUCCACGCGAGGAUCCACGCGGCGCGGUAACGCCGCGAUGCGCGACUGUCGCAAUUUUCGGAAUCGUUCGGCUCGUCACGUGGUCACUUUCGAAUCCGCCCGAUCGGUCGUUCGUUCGCGCGCCUCCGUCAUUUGUCGCCGUCGAAACCGCUCGUUCGUUCUCGUCCUGGUUAAACGUUAAACGCGGCGAUCGAAUGCAUCCCGUUGGAUGCUGCCGGCGGCGUGCGCGGUCGAUCUGGAAGCUCGUGCUCGCCGCGGUACCGUGAGCAGCGAGUGCUGCUUCCGCUCCAGGUAGCGCCGGUGGCCGCGAUGGACGUGCGCGUGGUCGUCGGUGCACCGGUUGCGGAAGAGACGCCAGUGGCGGCGACAGCGACGACGACGGUGACGGCGACGCGGGGCAUUGCGACGCCUUCGCCGGUGCCCUCGGUGCCGAGCACCGUCGCGGCCACCACCGCCGGCAACGGCGGCGGUGGCGGCGGAGCGGUCGUCGCGACGCCCGCGUCCGCACCCUGCACCCCGCAGAAUCCCGUCGUCGUCGUGGCGAGCCCCUCCGGCAACCAUCAACCACCGGCCGGCGUGCCGGUCGCUGCUAGGAUACUCAGCAGGAAUGUCAACGGCACCCUGAUACAGACGUCCGUGCCGCAGAACGAGGCUGAGCUACAGUUGUAUAGGGUGAUGCAACGCGCCUCGCUGUUGGGAUACUAUGACACGCUCCUUGAAAUGGGAGGUGACGAUGUGCAACAAUUGUGUGACGCGGGUGAAGAGGAGUUUCUAGAGAUUAUGGCGUUAGUCGGCAUGGCGAGCAAGCCGCUUCAUGUCAGGAGGCUUCAGAAAGCUCUGCAAGAGUGGCUCACCAAUCCCUCAUUGUUUCAAACGCCGGUCGUGCCGACGAAUGCCACCGCUGCCAAAAGCCCCGCCGCAGCCGUAAGUUUCGCGUGCGCGAGCCCGCGGCCGCAGAUGCAGAGUCUGUCGACCGCUUUCACCGCGACUUCCCAAACUUCCCUAACGCCGGCGUCCUACGUCUCGACAACACCUCACGUACCGUUGACGCCACUAUCUUGCCGGAGCGUCAGCCCGGUUGCGCCGGUCACCAGCGUGUCCGCAUCGGCACCCUCCACGACUUUCCGCCAGAGUCCGAGCCCGAACACGUCGAUACCUUACACGACUACGCACAGUCCCAAUGUGUUGCAGGUAGGGACGUGCGAGUCUUCGUGCGGUAGCGGCACGACGCCGAGUCCGAGCGGCGGUGGCGGCGGCGCACCUGCAAGCCCAACGCAACCUACGCCGACCCUCCUGCAGUCGCAGGUGCAGCGACUCGCCGAGGCCGCGGAAAGGCUCGUCGCUACCAUAAGGCCCCUCGACCCCAAACCCCAUAAUGUGAAAAAAAAACUCUGCAAGAACUUGGAGAUGGUAAUGACGAUGUCCGAUAGUGACCCGCGCAAGAUGGACGAAAUCCGGAAGUACGCGGCGAUUUAUGGCAGGUUCGAUUGCAAGAGAAAACCGGAGAAACCUCUCACGCUGCACGAGGUGUCCGUGAAUGAAGCGGCGGCGCAAAUUUGCAGAUUCGUGCCCGCCCUUCUCACGAGGAGGGAUGAGUUGUUCCCUCUGGCACGUCGUGUCGUCCGGGAUUCUGGUUACCAUUACUCCAAGAGUCAAUACUUGUCGAUGUCCAGGUCACGCGAAAACGGUGAGGAGACCGACGGAGAACGCUUAAAACGCCAGAAACUGGAGCUGGAGGGUGAGGGUGAGGACGCGACGCAGGAGGAGUUGGAUCUUCGUUGUUCUGGAACGGACAUUAACAAUUCUAUUGCGAGAAGACACAGGUCGUCGAGUCCAGUCUGGAGGAAGAAGAGUAACAACGGCAUGUUCAGCGCUAGCGUGGAGGAGAUCAGCGACUCAGAUAGCCAAUUCUCGUUCUCAAAUGAGGAAUCUUCAUCCAUGCAUGACACAAACGAGGCGGAGGCGGAGAACACCGACAAAGAAGGUGACUUUAAUCUAAAGGUGAUAGCCUCGCGCGGAGACAACAUAAUCGCCGUAGCGAAUCCUGCGCUAAUGGAAUGCAGUCAUCCCAUAAAGGAGGAGCCGGCGGACGAGAAACCCACACUGUGAUAUUACUGCUUAGCGUUUACUGCCGCUGUGACGUCGUGGCGACGCGAACGGCUCGUCCUGCUCAUCGUUACCGUUCUCACAAUCAUCGCCGAGCAUUGUGUUAUUGAGCGCAAUAGCAUCCGUGGCAGCGGUCGUUGAAAUUAAUACAAUUCAAUCGCUAAUAGAAUCUUACACCAUUUGAAGCGAUGUGUUUCUCGUCUUGGCUCGGAUGAGAAAUAUUUACGAUGCUGUCUGUUAUUUAGUUCUAGCGAAACACGGACACAUGAUAUUGUAUAGCAAUUACGAACAUUCCUAGAAAGCGACAGAUAAUAAAAGUAAAUCAUUUAAAUCAAAACAUCGUCGACUGAAUUAUGUAGUAUUGCAAAUUGUAUAUCGUAAGCAAGUGUAAAUAUAAGUCUUUUUAUGCGCCAUUAAAAAUAAAAAGAAAUCUUCUGAUUCAUUGUUGAGUUUUAAAA